UUUUGAUUAAUCUAUAUAUGAUUUUGAUUGCUAUAGGUUCUUAAAUUACCAGAAGCUUUUGAUUUUGAAUUCAAAUGUUGAAGGCUAUAUCAAUUUAGUGAGCGACUGAGGUUUUAAGGAACAAGCAAUGCUGAUUGAACUACUACUGCUUUUCUCAUCUGUUGCGUUGAGCUGCGUUUGCAAUGGCAAUGCCGGUGUGACUAGUGCAUUUGUACGCAAUGAGUGGCCAUCACUCGAUAUCUCUUUAGACGAUCAAGUUAUUGCAGCGCCUAAAGGUUACAAUGCACCGCAACAGGUUCACAUCACACAGGGCGACUAUGAUGGGAAGGCUGUGAUCAUUUCAUGGAUUACAGCUGAUGGGCCGGGCUCCAACAAAGUUCGAUAUGGCUUAGCAGAUGGAGAAUAUCAUCUUACUGUCGAGGGAACCCUGCAAAACUAUACCUUCUCCAACUAUACAUCUGGAUAUAUUCAUCACUGCCUCGUUGAUGGUCUUCAGUUUGACACCAAGUAUUACUAUGAGAUUGAGGGUGGUAAUUCUUCUAGAAGAUUUUGGUUUCGCACACCACCACCAAUUCAUCCAGAUGCUCCUUACAAAUUUGGAAUAAUUGGUGAUCUUGGACAGACAUACAAUUCUCUUUCAACCCUUGAGCAUAGCAUCCAGCUUGGUGAAGAGACUAUCUUAUAUGUUGGAGAUCUUUCCUACGCUGAUAGGUAUCAAUAUCGUGAUGUUGGCAUCCGCUGGGAUUCCUGGGGUCGUUUAGCUGAACGUAGUGCAGCAUAUCAGCCAUGGAUCUGGGUGGCUGGAAAUCACGAAAUAGAAUACUUCCCAUACAUGGGGGAGGUUAUUCCUUUCAGAAAUUAUAUUUACAGAUACCCUACUCCUUAUCGUUAUAGUGGAAGCAGUAAUCCCCUCUGGUAUGCCGUGAGACGGGCGUCUGCUCAUAUUAUUGUCCUGUCCAGCUAUUCCCCAUACGUAAAGCAUACACCUCAGUGGUUAUGGCUUAAAGAAGAGUUUGAAAGGGUUGACAGGAAGAAGACUCCUUGGCUCAUUGUUGUGAUGCACGUCCCAAUGUACAAUAGUUAUAUAUCUCAUUUCAUGGAGGGAGAAAGCAUGAGAGUUGUGUUCGAGAGCUGGUUUUGCCGCUAUAAAGUUGAUCUGGUUCUUGCUGGUCACGUCCACGCUUAUGAGAGAUCGUACCGCAUCUCAAACAUAAAAUACAACGUAUCAAGCGGCACUUCAUAUGCUGCACUUGACGAAUCAGCUCCUGUUUACAUAAAUGUCGGGGAUGGCGGAAACAAAGGGGGUCUUGCUAUGAGCUUCAAGUAUCCCCAGCCAAAUUACUGCGCCUUUCGGGAAGCCAGCUACGGACAUUCGACGUUGGAGAUUAAAAACAGAACACUCGCGUUUUACCAUUGGAAUCGGAAUGAUGAUGGGAAACGAGUGCCCACAGAUCAUAUGCUGCUGCACAACCAGUACUGGAUGUCAAAUGGGCGAAGAAGAAAACAGAAGAAAAUCAAUCAGUAGCGCUUAAGUGUUCGUUCUACAUGAAUUUAUCUCGGCUCCUACAACGGAUCUUGAAGGCAUCAACUUGGAUGCCAAUUUUGAUGAGGAGAUGACGGCGGCGACGACGAACCUUGAAGUGGAGGAGAUAUCGGCGCUGGUGUCCACCAAACAACGAGGUGGAUACACUCCGGCCGAAACCACACUCGUUUGUUGUCUAUACGCGGAGGCAACAUGCGACUCCGUGAAAGGUGCCGACCAAAAGGGAGCUACGUAUUAGGGCGCCAUCGUCAAAAAGUACAACAUGCAAUGACUGCCCAAUAUCAUUCCACGCGACGUCAAGCAAAUAAAGUCGCAUUUCCAACUAGUUCAAAGGGAUGUAAAUCUGUGGGAGUCAACAUACGACAAGUGUCGCAAGAAUUGGGGCUCCGACAUGAGCGAUGGCCAAAUCAUUGCUUAAGCCGAACAGAUGUACGCUGUCGAGCAUGGUAGUGUGUUCAAGUAUCCACAUGCUUGGAGGGUACUGCGCGAAACUCAAAAGUUCGCGUCUUUUGGCGAGGAUGUCUAUUCCUCAAAGCGUUCAAAGGGCUCAUGCGAAGGCUACACAACGACCGAGAGCGAGCCAAGCAUCUCUACACGGCCCCAAGGCCAAAAGGCAGUGAAAAGGGACAAGGGAAAAUGCAAGAAGGUGGAGUCGUCGUUGGAGCAAAAACGCGCAGUGGAGGCUAUGGAAAAUAUGGUCAAGGUCAUGAGAGUUUUCUCUCAAGGACAUCUCUACUAUGAAUCCGGACGAAUUGAAGUUUCACUUGAAGAAGGUGGAUGAAAUCAAACGCCGCAAUGAUCUUUAAAUUUUUAGGU